AUGAAAAGAGACGCGACAAACUUUUUGCGCCUGAUGUGUACUAAACGAUUCGUAGCUCAACCCACAAAUAACACUGAGAAUGCUCCAGAUUUUGUGACAACAGGUGAUUACAAUGCUGACAAGAAAACUGAUUUGGCUAUUGCAAAUUUCGAUGAUAACACCGUCGGUAUAUUGCUCGGUAACGGUGACGGAACAUUUCAAAGUCAAGUCACAUAUGCAACUGGGGAUUCGCCAUCUUCUGUGACAACAGGUGAUUUUAAUGGUGAUAACAGAGCCGAUUUGGCUGUUGCAAAUUUCGAUGAUAACACCGUCAGUAUAUUACUCGGUAACGGUGACGGAACAUUUCAAAGCCAAGUGGCCUAUGCAACUGGGAAGGCUCCAUCUUCUGUGACAACAGGUGACUUUAAUGGUGAUAACAGAACUGAUUUGGCUGUUGCAAAUACCGGUGAUAACACCGUCAGUAUAUUGCUCGCUAAUGGUGACGGAACAUUUCAAAGCCAAGUGACAUAUGGAACUGGGAAGGCUCCAUCUUCUCUGACAACAGGUGAUUUUAAUGGUGAUAAAAGAACUGAUUUAGCUGUUGCAAAUUUCGAUGAUGCCACCGUUAGUAUAUUGCUCGCUAAUAGUGGCGGAACAUUUCAAAGUCAAGUGAAAUAUGGAACUGAAAAUAGCCCAUUUUUUGUGACAACAGGUGAUUUCAAUGGUGAUAACAGAACUGAUUUGGCUGUUGCAAAUUUCCUUGAAAGCACCGUCAGUAUACUGCUCAUUAAUGGUGACGGGACAUUUCAAAGUCAAGUUACAUUUCCAACUGGUGACUUACCAGUUUCUCUGUCAACAGAUGAUUUUAAUGGUGAUAACAGAACUGAUUUGGCUGUUGUAAAUUUCGCUGAUAACACCGUCGGUAUAUUGCUCGGUAACGGUGACGGAACACUUCAAAAUCAAGCCACAUAUGAAACUGGUAAGUCUCCAUAUUCUGUGACAAUAGGUGAUUUUAAUGGUGAUAACAGAACUGAUUUGGCUGUUGCAAAUAACGGUGAUAACACCGUCAGUACAUUGCUCGGGAACGGAAACGGAACAUUUCAAAAUCAGGCCACAUAUGGAACUGGGAAUUCUCCAUCGUCUGUGACAACAGGUGAUUUCAAUGGUGAUAACAGAACUGAUUUGACUGUCGCUAAUACGGGUACCAACACCGUCAGUAUAUACCUCUCUAACGGUACCGGUACAUUUCAAAACCAAGUGACUUAUGCAACUGGGAAUUCUCCAUAUUCGGUGACAACAGGUGAUUUUAAUGGUGAUAAAAGAACUGAUUUGGCUGUUGCAAAUUUCGCUGAUAACACCGUCAGUGUAUUACUCGCUAAUGGUACCGGUACAUUUCAAAACCAAGUGACUUAUGCAACUGGCAAUUCUCCAUAUUCGGUGACAACAGGUGAUUUUAAUGGUGAUAACAGAGCCGAUUUGGCUGUUGCAAAUUUCGGUGAUAACACCGUUAGUAUAUUGCUCGCUAAUGGUGACGGAACAUUUCACAGUCAAGUCACAUAUGCAACCGGGAAUUCGCCAUGUUCUGUGACAACAAGCGAUUUCGAUGGAGACGGCAGAACCGAUUUGGUCGUUGCAAAUGACGGUGAGAACACCGUCAGUAUAUUGCUCGCUAUUGGUGACGGAACAUUCCGCAGACAAGUGGCAUGUCUAACUGGGAAUUCUCCAUCUUCUGUGACAACAGGUGAUUUCAAUGGGGAUAAAAGAAUUGAUUUAGCUGUUGCAAAUUACGAUGAUGACACCGUCAGUAUAUUGCUCGCUAAUGGUGACGGAACAUUUCAAAAUCAAGUCACGUAUGGAACUGGCAAUUCUCCAGUUUCUCUGACAACAGGUGAUUUCAACAAUGAUAACAGAACUGAUUUGGCCGUUGCAAAUUUCGAUGAUAGUACCGUCAGUAUAUUGCACGCUAAUGGUGACGGAACAUUUCAAAGUCAAGUGACAUAUGCAACUGGAUAUUUUCCAUCUGCUGUGACAACGGGUGAUUUCGGUGGUGAUAACAGAACAGAUCUAGCGGUUGCAGAUAACGGUGAUAACAGUGUCAUUGUAUUUAUUGGAGUCUGUAUGUGAGAAAACGAAAACUGUUUGGAUUUUGUUUUUUAAGCGUCUUUUUUUAUUGAAAUUGCCAGAGGUAUAAAAUAAAAAAUGGUUACAAUGGUUUCUGCGCGAAUAUUUCAUUUUAAACUUGUAACGCCGUUGGUACAGAGUAUACUCUGUAAAUGAAAAUUAUGCGGUAAUAUGACGAUGUAUACAUCGUCAUAUUACCGCAUAAUUUUCAUGAAUCUUGACUGGGCUAUGAAUACUUUAAUUUUACUCAAAAAUAGGCAAGAAAGGGUUAUAUUACUUGAUACAGAUUUUCAUUAGGUUUUCGAAACGUUUUUGAAAAUCGAAUGUUGCCAGUAGAUUCAGCGUCGUCGAUUGCCUAUGUUUCCAUUUGUUGACGGAAUUAUCAUAUCUAAAGAAAUCCUCCUGAUAGUCGACCGACAGAAUGUUCACGACAACAAUACAUUUUCUCU